CUUCUCUUUCUCUCUCCGUCACAGCAUCCUGUUUGCAGAUAUAGUCGGCUUCACCAGUCUGGCCUCCCAGUGCACAGCCCAGGAACUGGUUAAGCUGCUAAAUGAGCUGUUUGGAAAGUUUGAUGAGCUUGCAACGGAGAACCACUGUCGGAGGAUUAAGAUCCUGGGAGAUUGUUACUACUGUGUGUCCGGACUGACCCAACCCAAGGCCGACCACGCCCACUGCUGUGUAGAGAUGGGUCUGGACAUGAUUGACACCAUAACGUCAGUAGCAGAGGCCACAGAGGUCAACCUAAACAUGCGUGUGGGCUUGCACACGGGUCGGGUGCUGUGUGGAGUGCUGGGCCUCAGGAAAUGGCAAUAUGAUGUGUGGUCCAAUGAUGUGACCCUAGCCAAUGUAAUGGAGGCUGGAGGGCUACCGGGGAAAGUCCACAUCACUAAAUCUACGCUGGAGUGCCUAAACGGAGAUUAUGAGGUGGAGCCUGGAAACGGUCACGAAAGGAACGCCUUCCUCCAAAAACAUGAAAUUGAAACCUUCUUUAUAGUGCCAUCUCACCGACGGAAGAUAUUCCCAGGAUUGAUUCUUUCGGAUAUAAAGCCCGCCAAAAAGAUGAAGUUCAAAACUGUGUGCUACUUGCUAGUGCAGCUUAUGCACUGCAGGAAGAUGUUCAAGGCUGAGAUUCCCUUCUCCAAUGUCAUGAACUGCGAGGACGGUGAUAAGCGGAGGGCCAUGCGGACAGCUCCACAGAAGCUGAGGAACCGUCCCAACGCAAACCAGACUAAUGUGAUCCAGAGCAGCCCCAGGACCCGAGUCAACCGCUACAUCGGCCGCCUGAUCGAGGCCCGCCAGACCGAGUCGGACACGGCGGACCUCAACUUCCUCACGCUCAUGUACAAGUCCUCGGAGCACGAGCAGAGGUACCAGCAGGUUCCCGAUGAGCACUUCAUCAGCGCAGUGGUCCUCUCUCUGGUCCUAGCUGCCUUGUUUGGCCUUGUCUAUCUUCUCAUCAUACCACAGGGCACAUUGGUACUUGUCCUUCUCGUCUUCUGCAUCUGUUUCCUAGUCGCUUGUAUCAUGUACCUGCAUAUCACUAGAGUACAGUGUUUCCCAGGGUGCCUGACCAUUCAGAUUCGCACUGCUCUCUGUAUUCUCAUAGUGCUCUUAAUCUACGCUGUGGCCCAGGCCUGUGUGGUGGGCUGCAUGCCCUGGUUGUGGGGUAGUGCCAACGCCAACAGCUCCAUCGUCAUCAUCGAUGUGGACAGCGGCGCCAACCACACCAUGGCGGAGCUGCCUUGUGACGGCGCCCGCUACGCCUUCCUGUCCUGUGUGGUGGGCACGCUCACCUUAGCACUUUUCCUGCGGGUCUCCUGGCUGCCAAAGAUGGUGCUGCUGCUCCUUCUGGGGGUGCUGUAUAUCACCGUGUUGGAGCUCAGCGGCUUUCGCAAGACUGCAGGUGGGGGGUCCUUCCACAUCCGGGGCUAUGAGCCCAUCCUGUCUCUGUUGCUCUUUGUCAGCGCCCUGGCCCUCCACUCCAGGCAACUUGACCUCAAACUACGCUUGGACUUCCUUUGGGCUGUGCAGGCGGAGGAGGAUAGAGAUGGCAUGGAGAAAGUCAAGCUGGACAACAGGAGGAUUCUCUUCAAUCUUCUGCCCGCUCACGUGGCUCAGCACUUCCUGUUGUCGAACCCCAGGAACAUGGAUCUCUACUAUCAGUCCUACGCACAAGUCAGUGUCCUGUUCGCCUCCAUCCCGAACUUCAACGAUUUCUACAUCGAGCUGGAUGGCAACAACAUGGGAGUGGAGUGCCUGAGACUACUGAACGAGAUCAUCGCGGACUUUGACGAGCUCAUGGAUAAAGAGUGCUACAAAGACAUAGAGAAAAUCAAAACCAUUGGCAGUACAUACAUGGCAGCCGUGGGCCUUGUCCCCACCAUUGGUACCAAGGCCAAGAAGUCUGUCUACGACCAUCUGAGCACGAUAGCAGACUACGCCAUAGAGAUGUUUGACGUUUUGGAUGAAAUCAACUACCAGUCGUACAACGAGUUUGUGUUGAGAGUGGGUAUCAAUGUGGGUCCGGUGGUUGCGGGGGUGAUUGGGGCGCGGCGACCUCAGUAUGACAUCUGGGGGAACACGGUCAAUGUGGCCAGCAGGAUGGACAGCACCGGAGUACCGGGAAAGAUACAGGUGACCGAAGAUGUCUACCGCCUGCUGAACACCAACUACGACCUGGUGUGCCGUGGCAAAGUCAGUGUCAAGGGUAAAGGCGAGAUGCUGACCUACUUCCUGGAGGGCAAGGUUCAGUGCGUGGGCACCGUGACCACCUCUUCGGUCAUGCGCUCCGCCAGCUUGGCGCGCCGGAUCCACUCCUGCGGCAAGACCAGCGUCCCGACUAACCUGGGCAGCGUCUCCUCCGCCACCAGCCUGAACGCCCACGCCAGCAUGGGCAGCAACAUUCAGGUGAACGCCGGCAACAGCCAAGCGACGUGCCUGCCCUCCACCUGCGAGGAGGACAUCGAGCUGACGGAGAUCCAGAUUGAGGCCGCUGCAGCUGUUGCAGAUGUUGCGGUUUAGGAAGAAAGACAAACUUCCCUGCGGAGAAGGAAAGGAAAAAGCCUGGUAGGAGGCCUAGAGAAGACAGGGCUGUCCAGGUGUUUCCUAUAAAUCCUGAGCUACUGGCACAGCCCAGAAUAUGCUCAUUCAGGGUGUGAACUUCCAGCGAGAAAUGAGAUGGUGAUACGGGACAAUCAUACUCACUCGGGGGGAUUUUUAUUAAAACUUCUUGCCACUCUUGGGAGGCAAGAAUGCCCAGAAUCUCAAAUCCUCUGUUUAACAUCUCUAAUACCAGAUGAUUCGAUUUGUGGCGCUCCCGGGUUCCCCUUCAGAUCCAGGUAUAAUGUGCAUCUUUGUUUUCUAUGUCGUGCAUAAUCCGUGUACAGAGGAUACGUGCGUUGAUAUCCGGACAAAGACUGAUCGCGCUAUUGCUUUUGCACUGUCUCUCCGAUUAUGCCAAGGAUACAUUGCAUUAUUUACCACGUAAUACGGUGUUGUUUCUUUUUUUGGUGUGCGUAAGCAUGCACGUGCGCGUGUACUUGUGAGCGUGUGUAUGCAUGCGUGGUUAACUCUGAAUUGUAAAUGAAACAGCACAAAAUACUUCUUUCUUUUAUACUCAGAGCUCACUGGAUGAAAUAGGCUUUUUCGAGUCAUAUUUACAGUUGAUAGCGCAUGACUUUUUUUAAAGAGUUGACACAGCCAUAGCACUCCUGUUGAAAGAAAACCAAAGUAUUGAGCUUUCCAUAGAUCUCUAGUUUCGCUGCUCAUAUCGCCUCAACAUAUAUGUAACAACACACAAGUGAGACGGUUGAAAAAUAUUUGGCAUUCGGGGCUCUUUCAGAUGUCAUGGGAGGACUUUAACUGGAAGUUUGUGGGGCGCAGACAUAUAUGUAGAUAUCCAGGAAGGAAUUCAUCCACAAAGAGAGAGCACAUACAAUAUGCACACGACUUCUGCAAAUGCGCGACCUAGUCCUUUAGCCUAAACCUUUCAAAUGCUCCGUGCACAUGGACAAACUUUUGGUGCAGUGUCUGGCUGCUGUUCUCUCCGAGGCAUGCGUCGCCCUAUACUCCAGCUUUUUUUUUCUCUCGCUAUAUUAAAGCCACAUUUUGAGUUUUCCUCAAAAGAAAUAUAUAAAUAUAAGCUUUAGCACGUCUCUCAGAUACAGUCUCAGAAAAGUGGGGCCCUUUCGAAUAUCUUUGUAGCCUCUUUAUCAGCGUUGGACUUUCACUCGAUCCGCAAAACGUGUAAAUACGUGAUGUUUCAAGUUUUUUGCCUUACUCAAUAAGCUUACAGUGAUUACAACCUGCCUUUUUAGAUAUGUUCACUUUGAUAUGCAGAUCAUACUUUUUGUAAAUAGCCAAAAGCUGUAAACUAUGUUGUAUCUUGUACAGUGUAAAGUUGGGUUAUUGAAUAUUUUGUAAUAAAGACAAUAUUGGUGUAUAAAAUAA